GCGGAGAGCCGGGGGCAGCUUCUCAGGGGGCGUGGCCCCCGGCUGUGGGGUUCUGUCGUGGGGCGGAAACUCCCCAAUUGAGGGAGCGCCGGCGGCCUGAGGGGGCGGAGCCUCCGGCGACGGGGUUGACGAGAGCUGAGAGUGCCCGAACGCCGACCGCCUGCUCUCGGGUGGGGGGCGGGACUUCGGAGUGUAGGAGGCCUACUCAGCUAGAAGGCCCAGUUGCUGAACUUCGGAGCUUGGAAAGGGGCGGGCCAAAUUCCCAGCACGCCGAGGGGGCGUGGUCUCCGCGGGGCCCGGUCCUCGGGUGGGACGCGCUCGCUUUGCGAGAGGCGGUGCCAAAUUUCGCUUCCGUGGGGGCGUGUCUUUGAGGCGCGAAGGCUCAAGGACUGGUGCGGCUUGCUGGCUGGAGCCGAACGCUGAGCGCUGCAUCCGCAGGGCCGGGCGGGGCCCCGGCUCGGUGAGGGUUGGGACCUCGCCUCCGGCGACCCCGGGACCUGGCGGGACCAUCCGGGAGCGCAGCUCGGCACCCAGGGACGGGGCCUGGCUCUCUGGCCGGGAGGAUGCUGGUGGUGGAGGUGGCGAACGGCCGCUCCCUGGUGUGGGGGGCCGAGGCCGUGCAGGCGCUACGGGAGCGCCUGGGCGUGGGGGGCCGCACAGUGGGCGCCCUGCCCCGCGGGCCCCGCCAGAACUCACGCCUGGGCCUUCCGCUGCUGCUCAUGCCCGAAGAGGCGCGGCUCCUGGCCGAGAUCGGCGCUGUGACCCUAGUCAGUGCCCCGCUCCCGGAUCCGCGCCAACACAGCCUGGCUCUGGCAUCCUUCAAGCGCCAGCAAGAGGAGGGCUUCCGAGAGCAAAGCGCCCUGGCAAUUGAGGCCCGGCGGACUCGUCGUCAGGAGCUCCUAGAGAAGAUUGCAGAGGGUCAGGCUGCCAAGAAGCAGAGGCUGGAGCAGGAAUCAGGGACCAGCGAGAGCCAGGAGGACAGCGGGAACCAAGCUGAAGGAGAGAAUGAGGCCAGCACGAGCCAGGCUUCUGGAGAGCACGAGCACGCAGGUGGAGGAUCUGCCUCUCCCCAGCCGGGACCUUCAAAUGGGGUGGCCCCCUUACCCCGGUCCGCUCUGCUUGUCCAGCUGGCCACCGCUAGGCCACGACCCGUCAAGGCUAGGCCCCUGGAUUGGCAUGUUCAGUCCAAGGACUGGCCGCAUGCUGGCUGCCCUGCCCAUGAGCUCCGCUACAGCAUUUACAGAGACCUGUGGGAGCGCGGCUUCUUCCUGAGCGCAGCUGGCAAGUUCGGGGGUGAUUUUCUGGUCUAUCCUGGUGACCCCCUUCGUUUCCACGCCCACUACAUCGCUCAGUGCUGGGCUCCUGGGGACCCCAUCCCACUGCAGGACCUGGUUUCUGCCGGCCGUCUUGGAACCAGCGUCAGAAAGACGCUGCUCCUCUGUUCUCCGCAGCCUGAUGGUAAGGUGGUCUACACUUCCCUGCAGUGGGCCAGUCUGCAGUGAACACCAGAGACCUACAGGGAUGUGGCUGCAUCUGUGGCAAAAGCCUUUCUAGAUGGUCCCAAGCUCAUCUCUGUGUGGGAGGCUAGAACACCCUCCUGCCUCUCUCUCUGGUUAGUUUUUGAUUUCAGAAUUAUAAACACUACAUCCUUAUUAUGUCCCUUUCUGUUUCAAAGCACUUAUUGGCUGUGUUGUUUUCAUAGUUGCCAUAGACUGGGUUUGAUUCAUCUCUGUUUUCUACAGGGCCUAAGUCCCAAGAGGUCUCAAUAAACUUGUCUAAUAAA